AUGGAUCUUAAGACUGGCUCUCUCCUGGUAGCGCCCGCCGUGAAGAACUCCAGUUGCUCACACCCGCGCUACUCGGGCCACAACUUCAUCGCCCACAUAGGCAUUGCGGAGACGAUCGAGGCGGUGCUGAUUCUGGUCCUGACACUGGGCGUCAUCGGGGCCAACUGCCUGGUCAUCUUCGUCAUCAACAAUCGCCGCUAUGCGGCCUACAUACACCAACAGCCCCGCUAUCUGCUCACCUCGCUGGCUCUGAAUGACCUGACAAUUGGUCUGUUAAUUACACCAUUCGGUCUAAUGCCGGCAUUGUUUCACUGCUGGCCAUACGGAGAGAUCUUCUGUCAGAUACAGGCUCUGCUGCGCGGCGCACUUUCCCAGCAGAGCGCCGUCAUCCUGGUUUGCAUGGCCGUCGACAGAUAUAUGUGUGCCCUGCAUCCGCGGCGCUACUACCAGCACUCCAGCAAGAAGGGCUGUGUGGCCAUACUGAGCUUAACCUGGAUUAUCAGCCUGACGGUGUUUGGCUUUCUGGUGCUGCCCAAAGGUUACUACUUCAACAAUACGGGUCUAAUGGCCUGCGAGCCCUUCUACAGCAAGCCCUCGUACAGGAUAUUGUCGACGUGCGCCCUCUACUUUCCCACGACGAUGGUGCUGAUGUACUGCUACGGCUCCAGCUUCCACAUGAGCCGCUUCCGGCUGAACGAUCCGACCAUGCCCCUAACAGCAGCCGCCCAUCAUCCCCAUCCCCAUCCACAUCCCACCGCCGCCCAGCAGCUCCAGAUGCAUCAGCAACAUCAGCAGCAUCAACACCACCAGCAGCAGCAACACCAUCAGCAGCAGGCGGGGAUGCACUCGCACCUCUACCAUGGCCACUCGCACCACCCAGGACAUCCCCCUAGUCAUCCCAGUCAUCCCAGCCAUCCCAGCCACCCCCAUCAUCCAGGACACCCAGGACAUCCCCACCAUCAUUUGGGCCAUCUCAGCAUGGCCAUGAGCAUGGGACUGGCCGGCAUGCCGAACAUGACAAACAAGAUUACCAAAAAGAUUGUCCCCAUCCAGGAGAAGAACUCAAGCGGAUCCACCUCACGUUCGAUGGCUGCCAUUUCGCUGGGUUUCAUAGUAAUGGUCACUCCGUGGACGAUCCAGGAGAUAGUCACUGCCUGCACGGGAUCCAAGCUACCGCCUUUUCUCGAUUUCCUGGUCACCUGGACGGCGCUGAGCAAUAGUUUGUGGAACCCCUUCAUGUACUGGCUGCUGAACUCCGACUUCCGCCGACUGAGUCGCCAACUGAUGCCGAACAAAUGCUUCCCCCAAGAGGAUACGCCCGAGCACAAAUCAGGCUGUUGUCACAUCAAUGCUAACGAUUUCGAAAUCACAACGCUUCCGAUUCCCCCGGAACCGCCAUCAUCCCGUCCACCAGGAGGCGGAGGAGGAGGUUCAUCCAGCGGCGGCGGAGGAGGAGGCGGAGGAGGAGGUAAUGGGACAGCCAGUUCAGGCGGAGUUGGAGGAGUGGCCAGUUCGAUUGGUGGCUCUGUCCUAGGGAUUUGUGCCCGCUCCAGGGCCAACAGUUUGAGUCGCAGUGCCUCCCAGUACAUCCGGGGCACUGGAAUCGGCAUCCAUGGCCACCAGGAGGCCUUCUCCACCACGCGACCCGACAUCGAGGGCCUGUCCGAGAAGUACUGGGGCGAGAUCCUGGAGAGAACCGUCAGCUCGGGCAAUUUGAGUGCCAUGCAGAAGAACCUGCCGCCCCACCUGCCCUACACCCACCACCUGGUCCAUCAGCUCCACCAGCCGCAGCAGCACCAUCAGCAGACCACCUCCUUCAGCAAGGCCAGCGAUCUCCAGCUGAAUCUGAAUCUCAGCCAGGCGGCCACCGCCGCAGAACUGGGCAAGUUCUCCAACUCGGAGCCCAAAUUGUGUGAGCAUCUCUUCCAUCACGAUGUCAACUGUGCCAAAAGCAAGGCCGCCAAUGGUGGAGGAGCUCUGGAUGGCGGGGAAUCCUCCGGCAAGCUCUCCUGCGGGCGCAGCAUUCCGGACAUCUAGUACGCCGAGGACGUGAUCUUGGCCAAGAACCAACUGCUGGCCAGGCAGGCCAAGUGCUCGCACCAUCCGCUGCACCAGCAGGCCAGGAUUAGGAGUCAUCCGCACACGGGCAGUCUGCGAUUUAGCCGGAUUCGCGCCGCCUGCCACAGUCCUCCGCCGGAGAAAUCAGGAUUCCCGAUGGCGGAGUAUCGCAAGUAGGUUACCAGGAUCUGGGGUUCCCCCAGGUAAAAGUUCUAACCAUGCGAAGUUUAGGGAGUGAGAUCAAGAUCGAGCGAGUAUCUUUAAGAUUCCUUAGGUGUAUGUGCGUGUGAGUGUCUAUAUAAUAUCGCAUGAGCAAAACAUAAUAUGUGUGUUGUCUAUUAGGCUUAAGAACUAGAAGAUCAUAUGGGGGCAAGUCGGAGUUUCAGUUUCCCAGAUGUCUCAGUAAAGCGGAAUAGGUUGUAAGAAGCAUUUUCUUUUGAUCUAUUACACUCAAAAUUGUAUUUUCCCUGAAUUUUAGAAAUUUGGAGUCUAUAUCUAAAAAUAAGAAACAUUUUACAUAUUUUCAAACCAAGUUAAAAUACUGGAUAAAAGAUAUUCGUUUAUAAAACUUAAAAUAGAUUGUCUUUAACUCCGAAUGCUAAAAUUCAGGGCAAAUUUCAUUUUUCAGUGUAGGGUUCAGCUAAUCCCUAACAUCAUCACUUAACAAAAAUAUGUUUUGUUAAAAGUAAAAACUUAAAAAUCUGUGAAAGUGAUAGCCUACAAAGAUCCAAUAAAAAUAAUGGCAUCUUGAAGACAUCCAAAUCUCAUUAGCUGAACUGCUCCCUUUUCUACUUUGAGCGUUGGCCUUCUGUAUAGUAAGUCCCCUCUCUAGGGACUACUUGAAAAACUACGCCCCUCCAAUCGAAAAGUUAAGCAUACGUUAACCAUAGUAAGUGUUCAUUCAAUGUUUGUGAUACCCUGAGUUUCCCAACCAAAAAAUACAUAUAAAUUAAUCGUAACUGUUGUGUAUUUGUGCAUCGGCUAAAUUAGACAUAGAAUAUGUAUGGUAAAUGGUUUUGGCCAACUUGGUUGGCUUCUUCUGUGCCCUCAGAAGCCCAGGAGCAUAAGAAAACAAAGAGAUAUCAGACUUUCCUCUCAGAUCCCGCUCGAAAUUCGGAAUACCCCCAUUCACCCCCAUUCUUUACCACUUAAGAAUUAAGGAUCUACAUAGGUAGUCUCUCUAAUAUUGGCGGACCUUAAAGCGUUGUGGUUAAUCAUAGUUCUAGUUCCAUAGCUCGAGUCGUAUACCAAAUUACUCACUGUUCUACAAAUCAAAAUCAAAUCCUAACUUUGUGAUUGUCAAGAAUUUAAGUCGGUUGGUGUGAACAUUAUUGUUGAAUCAUUUUUAAUUUGUAGCUAAGUAAUGUAAUAGUUAAAGCAAAAUAAAUUUUACAGUUUAAGUACGUCUAAUUUUAGUUAAUUUAACGCGAGAUGUGUAAUAAAAAGUAUUAUAA